UUGUUUAUCCAGUACGCGAAAACCUGUGGAGGAGUUUGUUGUCAGUAGCCAUCACAUAGAUUAGUAAAUGUUGAGUUUGACUGUUCAGUGUAUAUGUUGCUGUACAUAAUUUCGAGUCCACAGUACAUAUGGUUAUGUACUUGAUAACAAAAAGCUUCUAUGUUUAUUUUCAAGUGUCACGAACGUUAUUAUCCACAAUUUGACAGCUGCGUGUGUGAAAUUUCGAAACGCUUCUGUUAGUUGUAAGGAAUAUGAAGAGAAGAAAUGCCGAAUGUGGCAAACUUCGUAGACCUGUCAAACGAAACAAAAUAACGGAGGGUAUUUAUGGAAGUACGUUGGUAUAUUUAAAGUUCCUCGUGGUAUGGGGUGUAGUGCUGCUAGCUGAUUUUAUUUUGGAGUUCAGAUUUGAAUUCCUCUUGCCGUUUUGGCUACUUCUUCGAAGUGUUUACGACUCGUUCAAGUUCCAAGGCUUGGCAUUUUGUAUAUUUUUUAUUUGUGUUGCUGUGACGUCAGAUAUGCUCUGCUUCUUCUUCAUCCCAGCUCACUGGCUCUUUUUUGCAGCCAGUACUUACGUGUGGGUACAAUAUGUGUGGCACACAGAGAGGGGCAUUUGUUUGCCUACUGUCAUUCUGUGGUUCCUGUUUGUCUAUGUUGAAGCAGCAGUGCGACUUCGAGAUAUCAAACAUCUUCCAUUUCACUUGGAUUUGUGCAGGCCAUUUGCAGCCCAUUGCAUUGGCUACCCAGUCGUGACUCUUGGAUUUGGAUUUAAGAGCUACGUUGGAUACCGAAUGCGGCAGAGGAAGCAGAAGGAAGUAGCAAAAGAAAACGAAUUCUACAUGCAGUUGCUUCGACAAGCUCUCCCAUUGGAGCAGCAUGAGACACACCAGCAUUUACUACCACAACAGCACCUCCUGCAACAGCAGAAACAUCACCAGACUUGCCACGCGACUUGUCUUGAGAAGAACAAAGGUCAUACAUCACAGAAUGAUUCUGCAAUGUCUAAUGGAAUUGUUCACAAUGGUACAUCACACUCUCACACAUCUUCUGCAAAAAAUAACCACAGAAAGUCUUUAGACAAAGGGGAGAGAGAUAAGUCUAUGGAACAAGAUAGCAAACUUACAGCAGAAAAAGGUCAUAAGUACUCAUGCGGUCAUGGAGGUAUUCCAACAGAUCUGGACUACAUAGAAAGAGUAGGGGUUAAAUCACUUGAUCGAAGCCCUGGAGCAACUCGGAAGUCUGGAGGCUCCAAUUUUAUAUUUAAAAGGUCAGUGAAUGAUUUUGAUGUAAAUGAGGUUGAAAAAGACAAAAGUGCAAAAAUAUCUGUUCAGUCCUUGAAGACUAAUUCUUCAAGUAGAUGGAGCAGUAAUCAAUCCCGUGAAAAUGCUCAGCGUGAAAGAAAAAAUAAAGUUAACCGUGAUGUUAAUCGUGAAAAUGCAGAAGGCAGUGUAUCAUGUAAAGACGAGUAUUAUGCAAGGUUAGAAGCUGAUGUAAGAAGGUUCAAAGUUGAUCUGCAGCUGAGCAGACAAGUAGAACAGGAACUGCGUAGCCAGAUAAGCACACUUGUAUCUGGCGAGCAGAGUGUUAAAAACGAGCUUUCUCAACUUCAGCAGGAUAAUGAUAACCUUCAGUCAAAGCUUCAUGGUUUAGUCACUGCUCGACAGUCUGACAAGCAGACAAUUUCUCAACUAGAACGUCGAUUACAAGAGGAAAGGCGAUUACGGGGCUCGUUUGAAGCGCAGCUGACAGCAGAAAGAAAAGCAAAGAAGGCUGAGGAGGCAGUGGCAGCACGGGCUGUUGCUAUGGCAGCAGUAUCUAACAAAAAUGAAUGCACAGAAAGCUGUCGUGCAAGGAGAAGAGACCUUGAGGCUGAAGGGAAACAAUUGAGGCGGGAGCUGAAGCUGAAAGAUGAGCGGUUCCUUGCUGCAGAAAGGGAAAUGCAGACAUUGCGGCAGUACAAAGAGACACACAAUGAGUCUGAAAUACUUAUGUCUGCCCUUUCUGCAAUGCAAGAUAAAAAUGCACAUCUGGAAAACAGCCUCAGUGCAGAAACUCGAAUAAAGUUAGAUCUCUUCUCAGCAUUAGGAGAGGCGAAACGACAGCUGGAGAUUCGAGAAAAUGUCAUUCGAGCUCAAGAAAAAGAAAUCGAACAGCUGAAAUGCAAGAUUGCACAGGUUUUAGCAAUAAUGCCCACUGAUUCAUUUGGUCCAGAGCAGCCUAGUUGCCCUGGAACAUCAAAACUGUGUGUAAUAGAGACUCAGAGCUCGUGUGUCACUUGCAAUGUCUCUAAUUUAGAUCCGAAUGCUACUGCUUAUACGCCAAAGAACAGUCUUAUAGCUUCCACUAAAGGGUGAAAUGUGAUAUGAAUGUUUUGGAAUUGUCUUUUAGCGAUGUCAAAUUCUUAGUGUCUUUAUUCUCACAAUUUUUGUGUUGUGAACAAUCACAGUAAAAUUCUUGAAUAAGUACUACAUCAUUGUGAACAAAUGGAAGUUAUUUAAUACUAGGAAAGCUUUUUAUAACAUCAGUUACCAAAAUCUGUAUGUCU